GUGGCGCGUAGUCUGAAUAGAACGGCUUGCCGAAACGCACGUUCGCCGUUGUAGUGUACGCGUAUUUCGCGCAAUCUCGGCUUUCGUUUCCGACGAAUAUUUUUGUUAUCGCCGAUUUUUCCGUUUAAUAUUUUUUUUCAACCGAAUAGUUUUGUUUUCGUCGACACGAGUUCUCCUGACUGGGAUUUUUUUUAACGUUUACCUAUGCGCGCAGUAGUGUGCGACUAAAACGAAUCGAGAUAUUCAACACCAUAUUAAUUGUUAUCGUAUACACAUAAAUACACUCAAAAAUAUAAUUAUUAUAUUAUAUAUACACCACAAGUACACCGUACCCGUGUAUUGGGCAGAUGCAUGAAUAGCUGCCGAAUCGAUUUUGAAUAAUUUUAUCAAGAUUUAUUUUAAAAAUGGAUCCAUUUGACGAUGUUGGAUAUGGUGAACCCCAUAAUCACCUGCUUAAGAGACCACCUGUAGAUAUCGAAUUUUCAGAUUUGACUUACAGUGUACCACAAGGACGAAAUGGAUCAAAAAUUAUUCUUCGAAGUGUAAGCGGUUUGUUCAGAUCUGGUGAACUGACAGCAAUACUCGGACCAUCUGGUGCUGGAAAAAGUACAUUGAUAAAUGUAUUAGCUGGUUAUAGGUGUGGUGAUGCUCGAGGUUCCAUCAUGGUAAACAGUCGACCAAGAGAAAUGAAAUCAUUUCGAAAAAUGUGUCGUUACAUAAUGCAAGAGGACCUUUUGCAACCAGCGCUUACAGUAUUAGAGUCUAUGGAAAUAGCAUCUGAUUUAAAGCUUGGUUAUACAAUUUCUAAAGAAAGCAAACUUGACUCUAUUGAAAACAUUCUUCAAAUGCUUCGGCUAACUAAAUCAAAACAUACGCUCAUGGAGAAUUUAUCUGGCGGAGAAAGAAAACGAUUGUCCAUCGCUUUAGAGCUUGUUAACAAUCCUCCUGUAAUAUUUUUGGAUGAACCUACAACUGGUUUAGACGACUUAUCCAGUUCCCAAUGUGUGUCAUUACUUAAAGAUCUUGCUUAUGGCGGUAGAACAAUUAUAUGUUCCAUACACACACCCAGUGCAAAAUUAUUUGCAAUGUUUGAUCAUGUAUAUAUAGUUGCCGAAGGACAAUGUAUGUUUGCUGGAGUUGGCCAGGAUAUGGUUCCUUACCUAUCUACCAUAGGAAUCAAUUGCCCUAAACAUUACAACCCGGCGGACUUCAUGAUCGAAGUUUGUAGUAGAGAGUAUGGUGAUUAUUCGGAAAAAAUGUCAACGGCCGUAGACAACGGUAAAUGUUUGAGGUGGUUUAAGGAUAAUUCUGAAACAAGAAAGCCAAUUGUACGCCGAGCGUCACAGUAUGAUACGGUUUCCAAUCACCUGUACGAUUUUUCUAGUACAGGAUGGUCUCAAUUUAACGUGCUUCUCAGGCGAAUGAUGAUACAACACAAAAGAGACUACACAUAUUUAUUAUUCAAACUAUUCAUGUACACAUUUAUCGGCCUAGUAGUUGGUGGGAUGUUUUUUCAAUUUGGAAAUGACGCUUCUAUGACUAUUUUUAAUUAUGGUUUCAUAUUUAUUACCAUAAUCGUCUUUAUGUAUACACCACUCAUGCCAGUAUUGUUAAAAUUUCCUAAAGAAGUUCAGCUAUUAAAACGAGAAUACUUUAACCGAUGGUACGGACUGAACGCUUAUUUUUGUGCGCUCACGUGUUCACAACUCCCAAUGCAGUUAAUCCUAUCGUCAAUCUACAUAGCAAUAACCUACUUCUUAACUAAUCAACCAUUAGAAUGGGAACGAGGAAUUAAAUUUUCCGUCGUAUGUUUGAUGGUGUCCUUAUCAUCAGAGAGUAUGGCGUACGCAAUUUCCUCACAAUUCAACGUUACGAACAGCGUGUUCUUCGGACCGUGCGUGGCGUGCCCGAUGAUGCUGCUGGCGUCGUUCGGACUGGGCUACGAGGAGAACGAGAUACCCGGCAUCAUCAAGCUGGGCAUGAACUUCAGUUACCUGCGGCACGGCGUCGAGGCGCUCGUCAUGGCCGUGUACGGCAACGGCCGCGGCCGGCUGGAGUGUCCCAAGAGCGAGGACUACUGCGAUCUCCGGGACCCGUCGGCCCUGUUCAAGGCGGUCGGCAUGUCCGAAGUGACGUACUGGGGCUCGAUGAGCGCCCUGUGCGGCAUGUUCUUAGCGUUCAAGUUGGCGUCGUACGUGAUGCUCCGGCGGAGGCUCAGCACCAAACCGUCGCUGCUGCUCAAGCUCGGUUUCGUCGGCCGCUUCAUCAAAGCCAACUUUAACAUUCCUCGCUGA